AUGUCCGAUCUCAAAUCCAAAGGCGGUGCAACAAUCGAACAGGGCGAUACAGUCAGCACACCGUACCGUGGAGGCAAACAUGAGGGCAAAGUCGAGCAGAUCGUGACCGAUGAAGAUCAAGCGCGCAGCCUCGAUGCCAAAGGCGCCCGCCAUGCUCCCGCAGUCGUGUAUACAGACCAGAACAAUAAGAAGGUGGCGCAUAAGCCGAACACGGUGACGGACUUGGAUAAGGAGUGGUGA